UCACCCGUUUCGUAAGAGGCGGGGCAAGGGGGUGGAGCGUCUCACUCACGUGACCGUGCGGUCGCUGUUUGGAGCCAUGGAGGAAUAUGCUCGGGAGCCCUGUCCAUGGCGCAUCGUGGAUGACUGUGGCGGUGCCUUCACCAUGGGGAUGAUCGGUGGGGGGGUUUUCCAGGCCGUCAAGGGCUUCCGGAACGCCCCCGUGGGCGUCCGACACCGGUUCAAAGGGAGCGUCAGUGCAAUCCGCAUCAGAGCGCCACAGAUAGGAGGUAGCUUUGCCAUCUGGGGGGGCCUUUUCUCCACCAUUGACUGCGGCCUGGUGAAGAUGAGGGGGAAGGAAGAUCCUUGGAACUCGAUCACCAGCGGGGCGCUCACGGGGGCUGUGCUCGCUUCCCGCAGUGGUCCGUUAGCCAUGGUUGGCUCAGCCAUGAUGGGAGGCAUUUUACUGGCCUUGAUAGAAGGAGUUGGGAUCUUACUCACCAGAUACACAGCCCAGCAAUUCCAGAACUCUAACCCUUUUGGUGAAGACCCCAGUCAGCUGCCCCUGAAAGACAGCCCAGCGCCUCCAGGAUACCCAGGCUACGGACAAUAUCAAUGAAGCUGCUUUGUACUUGGGGGGGGUC